GUAAGGAAUCAUUGAUGGGAUAAUCGACUCCGAAUUAAUAAACGAUUACCUCAGUGACAUCAAUCUCUCAAUUAGCAACCGACAGCAAUUGGCUUCAUCAGUUGGAAGCAGACUACCGCACCGACGCGGUCAGUCACUGUUGAUAAGCCAACAUGAACUGAUAUCAGCCGCGCGACCUUCGAGUUUUUCAAGAUCCAUUCGCUGUACGAAGAAACCGUUGCAGUAAGCAUCAAUUUCAAGGAAGGAAGCGCACUUAUCACCAUGACGACAUGCGAGGAGCUUGUUCACCCAACCUCUAAUGAGUCAUCAAAUCGUUAUCUGAGGUUUGGGUUUGCAAAGAGGCACAAGAGAAAACUUCCCUGGGUCAAAAUUAUGGCAGUGUUCUUCAGUUUGUUGCUGUGUUGGCAAUUGGCAGGAACUUGCUUGUACUUCGUUCGUUGCCUUAAAUGUUUCGAGGGAAAAACUUCUACAUUUCUCUGCGAAAGAAAUGCAGUUUUCCCAUACUCAGAAGAAUUUGAACUUACUUGGUUGGUUUCUCAAUCCAUACUGGUUGUUAUCAUAAUUGUGGCACUACAGAAGGUUCCAGCAUUCCUUGGCUACAGGGCAAUAUUUCAUCAGCUGAAACUUCGUCCCUCAUUUUGGACCCUGGUUCUUCUCCUAGCCAUCGCCCUUGCCCGAUACGGAAUGGUGUUAGUAAUGGCGCCUAAAUCGUUUCUUCCACUGUCAAUAAUCAUUGGUUUUGCAUUGUGCUACAUUUUAACCGUUGUACUUGCGUGUGUGUUAAACUGUACUCAGCUGAAUUUGUUGAAGCGCCAGUAUCCCAAAUAUGUCUUUGUUUUAUCCAAACUGGCGCUUUUGGUGAUUUUUCUGGUUAAUGUUACAAAUUUUAUCAUCUCUCUCAUAGCGGUGUCUAUAAGAGUCCACGAUGUUCAUGACGCGCUGACACCAACAAACUCGUCAUAUUUUGAAGUCGUAAAUGCUUUCUUAAUAGAUUUUGGCGUCACCAGCUUCAGAUUCAAGACCAUGAGUCUCUUUUGGAGUAAAAUGAUUGUCGACCAUAAAAGUAUUCUCUGAAUAUCUACAUGAGAAAGCUUAUGCUUUAAAUUGUGCUUUGUUCUAAUUUACGAACGGAUUUCGAAACUAUCCCAGCUGAACCAAUCAGAUUUUGCCUCAGUGUACUUCCCAAAAUGCCAAGCGCGGGAAAAACGUGGAAGACAAGUAUGAUUAGUUGUAAAACAAUGGCUUUGAUUGGUCGGAAAUAAAAUGUGAAGAGUUCAGCAAACUAGAAACACGACUUAACAAAUGGCUAUUUUCGACAGUCGACAGGAAACAGCUGCAAACAAAAAUAAGUUUAAACAAUUCAAUAAACUCAUAAUUGCAGUAACAAUUGUAGUGCUUAUUCUGUUCAGGUUAACCAAACACACUAAAUUUAUCUAGAGGUAUAUACAUGUGCACUUGUUUCGAACAUUAUCAGUACCCACGGGGCGGAGUUAUACUGUAAUUAGUGUAAACAAUUUUAAAUAUUCAUGAUUAACAAAUUUAACCAAUUCUAGUGUGCAAUCAAAACGAGGAGGUCUAGUCAGAUAUCAACAUUACCUUACAAACUCUUGUCAGUUAAUUUUCCUAGAAACAUGACGGGACCCACGGGGCUUCUACUGUUAGUACCGCAGAGAAAUGGUAGGAAAUUUUCCUAUAAUUAGCAUUCCUUACAUAC